AUGGCGGAUCAUCCAGGAAAUGUAGUUACCAAUUCAUCGGGUGAAAAUCUUGGUCAAACCGCUGUUGACCGAAACUUGAGAAGGAUCCCCCGGCUCUUUUCGCGAGUGAGGGAUACUUUCAAAGCAGAUAAUCUAACGACACAGCCUGAUCAAACACAUCUACCCGCACAGCCAUCAACCUUGAUACGGACUGGAGAUGAUGUUAACACUGAGGCGUGUGCCACUUCCCAAAACAGCGUUCCCAACCCCUCAUCGGGGACUUCGGGGUUAGCUGCGACUGGAUCCAAUGUGAAUGGAAAGUUCUUGUCCUCCACAGGCAUCACUGGGCAAGGGACAACUGCACCGGCAGCUCACCCAGAAAGCGAGACAUUCUUGUCCUCCACAGGUAUUACUGGGCAGGGGGCAACUGCACCGGCAGCUCACCCAGAAACCGAGACAUCUCCAGGGCCAGCACCCGUCGUACCCACAAGCGCUCCUGGUCCGUCAAGCAAUUCUUCAGGAAGGUUGAGCGUCAAUGACAAUAUUGUUUGCUGGGACGGAGUAUAUGUUCGACGCGAGCGCAGCGACGCUUCCCUUCCAUGGACUUGGGCGCAGUCGAAUCUGAGCCAAUACAUCGACAGAGAGAUAGCAGACUACAUUCAAGGCAGAUGCAGCAACCAGACUGUUGAACUUGAGUAUUGCCUCGAAUUACUCUUCGCCGGCAAGCAGCCACAUGUCCUGCAUCCAGCAAUCGUAAUAUCCACGCGAUCAAGAAAGACGAAGAAACAAAUUUCCCAUUGUCUGGCUCGCUCAGAACUCAAGCACGCUCUUAGGGUAAACAAGUUAAAUCUCUACGUCUUGAAGACCCCGAUUGAGCCAGCAGCUGGACCGUUCGUCGAGACUUCAGCCAGUAUGCAACACCAUGCACUGACAGAACCACCGAAACACAUUCCUCUGCUCAGUGGCACUGAGAUCGGAUAUCAACCCUGGCGUUCUGGGCAGAUACUCCUCAACGACUGUGCCACGUCUCUUUGUGGUGCCCUCAUCUUGAUUAAGGACCCCUCAUCGGAGUUAAUUUCCCACUGUGUCCUUGGAGGGUCGAUUCUAGUCGGAAAUUCCGCAUAUGCCUAUACUGCCCUUCACCCUUUUGCGCGCAUCAGGAUUUGGGAGUCUAACCAGGAGGGCGAGGAUGAUGCCUGCGAAAGCAAUGCCGACUCCGAAGACACCGAUGACGAUGAACCCUUCUGCAUUUUAUAUGACGAUGGAAGCGAACAGGAUAACGCUGUUGUCAUACCUUCCGCAUUUCCGGCUUCCUUCAGUAUAAGUUCAACCAUCCAGCAAUCUUCACAGUGGCAAUCGGCAUGUGUUUCCUCUAAGAAAGCAAAGAAUGGCUCGCUCAACAUCUUCGAAAUGGGUUUCCAGCAGAGGCUCUCCGGUGAGCUCUCGUUAUGGCGCCAGGGACCGGACGCAGAUUGGGCACUCUUCGACGCAACAGAGAUUGAGAGAAGUAGCGGCAGUCUGGACGUGGUGUCUCCUAACACGAUCGGUGGUCAUGUGAUUACGGAGUGCUUCGAUGAGCAGGAAGCCAGCGUGCCUGUCAUUCUGGCACUUCCUACAGGAGAGGUUCCUGGCAGCCUUCACCCAGGAUCUGCACUUUACAGACUUGGUUCGAGAUUGUACGAUUUACGCCUUGUGACACUCGAGGAGCCAUUGAAGCCUGGAUGUUCAGGAGCUUGGGUAGCUUGCGGAAAUGAGCUCUGUGGCUCCAUUACAGUGGUGAGGCCUGAUUGCCCUUGGAUCUACAUCAUGCCAUUUUCAACAAUCAAGAAGAACAUGGAGGAAAUCUGUGGUUUCACAGUCCGCUUUCCACUCAUGCCUUCGCUACCACCACGAUCAGGUGGAGACGCACCAUCAAGCCCAGUACUCUCCGUUGCGUCGAUUGGUAUACCCGAAGUAAUGCCUUCAUUGUCAAGAGCCAACUCUGACGAUGGGAGUUCUUCUGCUGACACUGAUCUCGCCAAUAGUAUACUUGGUGAUGGUCAUGUUCUCGAGUCUCAAGAUGGCAUCUUGACGGUGCCGUUUCGAUAUCAGGAGGACGCCAAUUUAUUAUGUCCUUUCCAGAUUUUGGAUUGCGAUCGAGUUUUCACGAACAUUAUUCAAUUCAAAACGCACGUCUUCUCUCAUUUCCGAGGACACGAGUUACCUACCGCAGCGGCGUGCUUUUUGUGUGAUGCCAAGUUCACCCAGCACCCUGAAGAUGAUCGCGCUUUGGCCUGGAAUACUAUGCUAUCACACAUGGUGCAUGAGCAUUAUCGUCAAGGUCAACAGCUCGCGACGGUGAGGACCGACUUCAGCUUGAUGAGGUGGAUGUUUAGCAAAAGGCUCAUAACUAAAGAGCAAUUCUCGAGGACCCAAAUGGUUCCGAUGCCGAUUAUACUUCCGGGAGGGUCAAAUGCGAGGGCAGAACGGGGAAAAUUUGCUGAGAUACCACAAAUGCCUUCUGCUCCUGCUCCUCCCACACUGUCAGCCCAGCCGGCGAACCUGGAGGCGGGGAGCAGGGAUCCAGCCUUGGGGAGCGGUCCCGUGGGAGAACGGGUCAGCUAUACGAAUACAACAUAG